AUGUAUAGCAAUUUCAAAGAACAAGCAAUAGAGUACGUGAAGCAAGCGGUGGAUGAAGACAAUAAAGGUAAUUACGCGAAAGCGUUCCAACUAUACAUGAACGCGUUGGAGUACUUCAAAACGCACCUCAAGUAUGAGAAGAACCCUAAGAUCAAGGAGGCCAUCACGCAGAAAUUCACGGAGUACCUGCGCCGGGCCGAGGAGAUCCGGGCCGUCCUUGACGAUGGGCCCAGCGGCCCACCUUCCUCCGGGGAUGCUGCUGUCGCUACCAGGCCCAAGACCAAGCCCAAAGACGGCGCUGGCGGCGACGGGGAGGAUCCUGAACAGGCCAAGCUCCGGGCCGGGCUCAACUCCGCGAUCGUUAGGGAAAAGCCCAACGUCAAGUGGAACGACGUGGCCGGACUGGAGAGCGCGAAACAGGCUCUGCAGGAGGCGGUUAUCUUGCCGGUGAAGUUUCCUCAGUUUUUCACCGGUAAACGACGACCUUGGAGAGCGUUUUUGUUGUACGGACCACCGGGGACGGGGAAAUCGUAUUUGGCCAAGGCUGUUGCGACAGAAGCUGAUUCUACGUUCUUCAGUGUUUCUUCGUCAGACCUGGUUUCAAAAUGGAUGGGUGAAAGUGAAAAGCUGGUUUCAAAUCUUUUCGAAAUGGCUCGUGAAAGUGCACCUUCUAUCAUAUUCAUUGAUGAAAUAGAUUCUCUGUGUGGUCAGCGUGGAGAGGGUAAUGAGAGUGAAGCUUCAAGACGAAUUAAAACUGAACUUCUGGUGCAGAUGCAGGGUGUAGGACAUAAUGAUCAGAAAGUUCUUGUUCUAGCAGCCACAAAUACGCCUUAUGCUCUAGACCAGGCAAUAAGGCGACGUUUUGAUAAGCGUAUAUACAUACCCCUACCAGAUUUGAAGGCUCGCCAACACAUGUUCAAGGUGCACCUAGGAGAUACUCCCCAUAAUUUGACUGAAAGUGAUUUUGAACAUUUGGCACGCAGGACAGAGGGGUUUUCCGGUUCAGAUGUAUCUGUCUGUGUGAAAGAUGUUUUAUUUGAACCUGUUCGCAAAACCCAAGAUGCCAUGUUUUUCAUUAAGAAUCCUGAGGGGAUGUGGAUUCCAUGUGGGCCAAAGCAACAGAGUGCAAUACAAAUUACAAUGCAGGAGCUUGCUGCGAAAGGACUUGCUUCUAAGAUCCUGCCACCACCUAUAUCGAGGACAGAUUUUGACAAAGUACUUGCUAGACAAAGACCCACUGUAAGCAAGGCCGACCUCAACGUUCAUGAGAGAUUCACAAAGGAAGCUAUUGGAUCAAGAUUCACAAAUUUUAAGAUUGUUCAACCAGAUCUUUCUUUCUAUUCUGGUCCCUUUCAGUGUAUCAUGGGGUUUACCAAACUUUUAAGCUAUUCCACCCUUCUCCUUUUCAUUGUGUAUACUUUGGUUAAUGGAUCCACCCCAAAGGUAAUGAGCAUCUUCACUUUGACUUGCAUGCAUGAUGCUGUCUACCACUAUAUAGUUUACAUGGGAGAUCAUUCACACCCUAAUUCAGAAUCCGUAAUCAGAGCAAACCAUGAGAUACUAGCUUCAGUUACUGGAAGCCUCAGUGAAGCAAAGGCAGUAGCCCUCCACCAUUACAGUAAAAGUUUUCAAGGCUUCUCAGCUAUGAUUACACCAGAACAAGCUAGUCAACUUGCAGAACAUAAAUCAGUAGUGUCCGUUUUCGAGAGCAAAAUGAAUAAACUCCACACAACACAUUCUUGGGAUUUUCUUGGAUUGGAUAAUAUCUACAAGAGCACUCCUAAAGCACUGGACACCGCAUCCGAAGUCAUUGUUGGUGUCAUUGAUUCUGGAAUCUGGCCGGAAUCGGAAAGCUUCACUGAUUAUGGACUAGGUCCUGUGCCCAAGAAAUUUAAGGGAGAAUGUGUUACUGGUGAUAAGUUUACACUAGCCAAUUGCAACAAAAAAAUUAUUGGUGCUCGGUUCUAUUCAAAAGGGUUUGAAGCAGAAAAUGGUCCUCUAGACGGUGUUGUCAACAAGAUAUUUUUCCGGUCAGCUCGAGAUAAUGAUGGACAUGGAACACACACAGCUUCCACAAUAGCGGGGUCUACUCUUGCUAAUGCCAGCUUAUUUGGCAUUGCCAAAGGAACAGCUAGAGGUGGUGCCCCAAGUGCCAGACUUUCCAUCUAUAAGGCCUGUUGGUUUGGGUUGUGUAGCGAUGCUGAUAUUCUUUCAGCAAUGGAUGAUGCUAUCCAUGAUGGCGUUGACAUACUGUCUCUGUCCCUUGGUCCUAAUCCUCCCCAGCCAAUUUACUUCGAAGAUGCAGUCAGUUUAGGAGCAUUCCAUGCAUUCCGAAAUGGUGUUCUUGUUUCUGCUUCUGCUGGAAACUCAGUUUUUCCACGUACUGCAUGCAAUGUUGCUCCUUGGAUUCUCACUGUUGCUGCUAGCACAAUAGACAGGGAAUUCAGUUCAAAUAUCUACCUUGGUAACUCAAAGGUCUUAAAGGGUUCUUCUUUGAAUCCAAUAAAAAUGGAGCACUCGUAUGGUUUGAUAUAUGGAAGUUCUGCUGCAGCUACUGGAAUUCCAGCAACAAAUGCAAGCUUCUGCAAGAACAAUACUCUAGAUCCUACCUUAAUCAACGGUAAAAUUGUGAUCUGUACAAUUGAGAAUUUCAGUGAUAACAGAGAACAGAAGGCCAUCGAAAUAAGGCAAGGUGGGGGUGUUGGAAUGAUACUUAUUGAUCAUAAUGCCAAAGACAUUGGUUUCCAAUUUGUCAUCCCAAGCACUCUCAUCGGUCAGGAUGCUGUAGAAGAGCUUCAAGCAUAUAUAAAGACAGAUAAGAAUCCCACUGCUAGAAUCCACCCAACAAUAACUGUAGUUGGUACCAAACCAGCACCAGAAAUGGCAGCUUUUUCUUCCAUGGGGCCAAAUAUAAUAACACCAGACAUUAUUAAGCCUGAUAUCACAGCACCUGGAGUGAAUAUUUUGGCAGCAUGGUCUCCAGUAGCAACUGAAGCUACAGUUGAACAACGACCUGUCAACUAUAAUAUUAUUUCAGGAACAUCAAUGUCUUGCCCACACAUUACUGCAGUUGCAGCAAUUAUAAAAUCUCACCACCCAUCUUGGGGUCCUGCUGCCAUAAUGUCUUCAAUAAUGACAACAGCGACAGUUACGGAUAACACACACCACCUCAUAAGACGAGAUCCAAAUGGAACUCAAACCACACCAUUUGACUAUGGAUCUGGACAUGUUAACCCGGUUGCAUCACUCAAUCCUGGAUUAAUAUAUGAUUUUAAUUCCCAAGAUGUACUCAAUUUUCUGUGCAGCAACGGGGCAAACCCAGCACAACUUAAGAACCUCACUGGGGAUCUUACUCAAUGUCAGAAGCCUCUUACAGCUUCCUACAACUUCAAUUAUCCUUCAAUUGGUGUGUCCAAUUUGAAUGGAAGUUUAUCAGUUUAUCGUACAGUUACUUACUACGGUGAAGAGCCAACAGUAUAUUCUGCAAGUGUUGAAAAUCCAUCUGGUGUGAAGGUUACAGUUACUCCAGCAGAAUUGAAGUUCGGGAAAACUAGGGAGAAGAUAACUUUCAGGAUUGAUGUCUUCCCUUUCAAGAAAAGCAAUGGAAACUUUGUGUUUGGUGCCUUGAUAUGGAAUAAUGGCAAACAAAGGGUUAGGAGUCCUAUUGGUCUCAAUGUACUCUCUACUUAA